AUGUGGUGGUACUACGGCAGCUCGAGGAGCGUUCAACAGGACCUGAGCUCAACCGCAGACGCGUGGGUGGUGUUGUGCGGACAGAACUACCAAUACCGGAAGUUUUAUCUCAAUGGCCUUGUCAUCAACGACAUCAGCUGGCAGCUUGGCAGCGGUUACGUGAUGGCAUCAGAUUGGGCGUUGAGCGAGUUGGCAAUCUGGCGAGGAGCGCUGCGAGCAGAAGAGAUACGAGCUGUGUCGGAGCACUCAGGCUUGAUGCAGAAGCUGUCAGCCGGCAGCAGCGCCGUCUACAACGAGCCCCUCAACGUGUCGUGUGACAACUUUGACGUCGCAAACAACACCAUUGCUCCUGCUGCUGCUCUAGGACGGGAUCCUGCGACUCGUCAGUGGGCCCCGCAAACGCCUCCGUCGCCUUCGUGCAGCUCCUCCAUCAGCGCACUUGCACUGAUGCGAUUGUUGUUAAGCUUCGUCUGGAUUCAAAACUACUUGCUCUUGACGAUUCUUGAAGACCCCUCCUCGUUGACAGCAUCGUCUCUGAAGGAUGGAGCGCUGCUGGUGUCGACGAGCCUGCUCGCAAGGAUCAGAGGGGGAGGGGAGUCAGAGUCAGAAAGUCCAACCCAGAUCAAAGACGAUGACGGAUCUGGUCUGAAGCGGAUCAAGAUGGCUAACUUUCAACUGAGGAAGAGGAAGAAGCUGAUGAUAGAAGAGGAGAAGGCUGUUGUAGACAUGGACCUCAGACGCUAUCAAGCCAUCAAGAGCUUGUUCCCUUCGUUCCCUGAUCGCACGAGCCGAUUUGGUGAACUUCGCGUUCCUGAUCAUGUCGAAUGCAUCAAGCAAGCGUUGCUCAGGCUGAAAGAUGGACAGGAGUUGUACGUGCGCAAUGGUGAGCACACGUGGGAUGGCGAUGUGAAUGUCACUGGGAAGACGAUAUUUGUAAGGGGCGAGCAGGGAGCUAGGCUGAUGGGGCAGUGGGAGAACAGGAAGGAGCUGAGGUGCUUGGAGGAGCCCAACUUCUGCAUCGGCUUAUCGACACGAUGGGAGACUUCGAUGCUUGCUUGA